AUGGGAAUUGCCUUUUUCAUGCGUUGUCAACCGCUAUUGCUGGAGAUACCUCACUAUCAACCGAGCUUCGGGUGCGUACUUGCAUUGAAAUGGUUGUCAACAAAGAUCUAUAUAAAAAAAGCACAAGAACACGGGCGUAAAGUUUGUGUCUCCGGACUACCGGACAGCAGUCAGAGAAUGUGCUAUUGGUGGAAAGUUUUCAUCGGCGUGGACGAUUCAUGCGGCAGCAUCGGUACUCGGAACGAAGAUUUUGUCUAUAUAUCCACCAGUCAACGGACUGCUAGAUAA